AAAGCAAACCCUAAAGAACCUAGAAGAGAAGAGAUUUCAUGACCGCUAUUGAUCAGCCUCCAUGCUCGUCGCGCACCGUGGACGCGUUCCUCCGGAUGGGAAUGGCCGGCUUCUCGUGGGGAUUGUUCGUGGGAUCAUACGACGCUGGCAAGAAAGGACUGUCCGGAUUGGCGAACGCGUCCUAUGUGGCCAAAGCCAUCGCCAACAACAGCGUGAAAUGGGGACUUUGCGGAGGACUCUACGUGAGUCUCAACUGUGGCUUUGAGGUCCUGAGAACGAAGAGAGAUUGGAUAAAUGGUACACUCGCUGGAGCACUGACAGGAGCAGCGGUGGGAUCCAAAAAGAUUGGAAUUAUCAAGACUGCUCUCGCGGCAUCGGUGAUCUGUUCUACUCUCGAGAUGAUGAAACCAGCUGAGUAUCCUCCCACAAGAAUCAUCAAGUAGGAGAUCUUCUCUUUUUUCUCGCGAUCCAGCCUCACAAUUUGGGCUGCCUGCUACUUUCCUUCUGAUAGAGCUCCGAUCUGCCAAAAAAAGAGAGCUUUUUUGCAAUGUUCUACGGUGGAAAAGAAGGGAAGAACACUGCUCACUUACAUCA